AUAUAUUCCUCAUCAAUCUUACAUAGGAUUUUCCAGUAUAUAUACCCCACAGGACACUGAUGAGAGCACACAAGGUUCCCAUCCUUCACAAGAUACAUCAUGCAGUUCUCCAUUGCUCUAGGUUUACUAUUGGCAGCUGUCUGCACCAAUGCCUCAUACCAAAAAUGUUGGGGUAAAGGCUGUGGUGGAUAUGGUGGCGGAUACGGUGGUGGAUAUGGAGGUGGAUGGGGAGGUGCAUAUGGAGGUGUUGGUGGCUGGGGAGGAGGAUGGGGUAAAGGAGGAGGAUAUGGCCUAGGAGGUGGAUACGGAGGAUGGGGUCUAGGAGGUGGAUACGGAGGAUGGGGUAAAGGAGGUGGAUAUGGAGGAUGGGGUCUAGGAGGUGGAGUUGGAGUAUGGGGCCUCGGAGUUGGAUAUGGUGGAUGGGGCAAAGGAGGUGGAUGGGGCCUUGGAGGUGGAUAUGGAGGAUGGGGUAAAGGAGGUGGAUGGGGUAUUGGAGGUGGAUAUGGAGGAUGGGGCCUAGGAGGUGGAUAUGGAGGAAUCGGAGGUGGAUACGGUGGUGGAUACGGAGCUGUUGUACUUAAAGGAAAAGGAUCAUACUAUUAAAUUCAGGAAAUCUUGUUCUGUACUGUUUCAGAAGGCAAAUUUGACACUUGUUGAAGAUAAAUCCUUAUAUUAAUAUAUGCUGUUAUUUAGCAAAUAUAAAAUAAUGUACGA